CAGCAGACUGUCAGCAGAACGCCUUCUAAACUGACGAAAAAAGAGAAAGGUUUAUGACUGAACCUUCAGUGGAACUGACUGCAACACCUCUGGGUAUUCUGGUGGAGUAUGGAGUGAUGUCCUGGAGCCCAGAGAUGACUCCAGUUAUCAAGUUCAGUUCUGAGAUGACUCCGCCAUGGCUUCCUGAACUGCUGGCUCCGGCCUGGAUCCCUGUACCACCAGUACCACCCUGGAGGCUUCCUGUUCUGCACAAGAUGGCCCUUGUCAGUCUACAGGGCACCCACCUUCCCACCCCUCAGAUGAGGACACGCCUUCUGGGAGGGGGAGGGUACUGUCACAUGUUUGGUUUAUUUGUUCAUGUUUUGAGUUUGUUUUGUCAUCUGCUUCUCUUUUCCUUGUUAAUAUUCUAGUUUGUUAAUUAGUUUAUUCACCCUCUGUUCCCUGCCUGUUUGUCUUCCUAGUAACAGUUUGAUUAGAGUCCUCCAUGUCAGGUGUGUCUUGUUAUUUACUCAUCUUUGUUUGCCAUGUGUAUAUAUACCUUGUGUUCUCCCUCUGUCUCUGUCAGUUUAUAGUAUCUGUGGUUUUCUUCUGUGUUGUUCCUGCAUGGUUCCUGAGUGUUUUGAGAUUAAAGUCUGCCUUCCAGUUUUCUUCCUCGUCGUGAGAGUUUCUAUACCACAUUACGGAACAUCUGGAUUGUACUGUUCUUUUUUCCAUCAAGUGAACGAGUCAAAUUGGGGGAAAAAGAAUGCACAUUAAAUAUAGCAUUUCUUUCAUCUUUAUUGUGGCUCUGGUCAUCAUUGAAAAGGAAAACAACAUUAUUUCAAAGGUGUCUGAAAAGCUGGUAAACUUGCCAAGGUCCAUCCAGCAGAGUGUCUCGCCUGCAUCUGGAGGACGGAAACACGUCCUUCUGCUGGCUACGACUCGCUCAGGCUCUUCUUUCGUUGGUGAAUUUUUUAACCAGCAGGGAUCAAAUAUGUUUUACCUGUUUGAGCCGCUGCGGCAUGUGGGGCGCAUGUUAUCAGUCAAGAUGGACGGGACGAACGCCACAGUCGCUGAACCAGUGUAUCGAGACGUUCUGCAUCAGCUGUUCCUCUGUGACUUUUCCUUGCUGGAGAUCUUUAUCAAACCCCCGCCGAAGGAUCAUGUGACCGCUGCGCUCUUCCGCCGUUAUUCUAGCCAGUCGCUGUGUGAAGAAUCCAUCUGCUCGCCGUUUGAUAGAAAAGUGUUUGAGAAAUUCCAUUGCCUUGAGCGGCGCUGCGGGCCACUCAACCUGACGCUGGCCUCUCAGUCCUGCAUGAAGAAGAAACAUCACGUGAUUAAGUCUGUCCGUGUGCAGCAGCUAGAGAUGCUACGGUCGCUGGCUGAAGAUCCCAGACUCGACAUGAAGUUCAUCCAGCUGGUCAGGGACCCUCGCGCCGUUCUCGCCUCACGAAUGGUUGCCUUCUCCAGCGAGUACAAGAUCUGGAAGAGGUGGGCCGUGGACAAAGACCUUCCAGUGGACGAGGAUGAAGUGAGAAAACUCAAAGAAAACUGCGACAACAUCCGCAUGUCUGCUGAGAUCGGACUCGAGCAGCCACCAUGGCUUCGCGGACGCUACAUGCUAGUGCGCUAUGAGGACAUCGCACGAUUCCCCAUGCGCAAAGCUGCAGAGAUGUACGACUUUAUAGGCAUUCCCUUCACCACAACGGUGGAAGAGUGGAUCCUAAAAAACACUCAGGCAUCUAAGAAAGUCAGAGGAGUUUAUUCCACCCAGAGAAAUUCCUCUGAACAGGUGGAGAAAUGGAGGUUCAGCAUUCCCUUCAAACUGGUUCAGCUGGUGCAGAAAGCAUGCGGCCCCACCAUGACUCUGUUCGGCUACAAGUUUGCUGAAAACAAAGACAUGUUGAUCAAUAAAUCAGUGAGCCUGAUUGAAGAGAGAACAUUCUUAUGAUACUGUACAUACUUCAUGAAGAAGAAUGCUCCGAUUUAUGAAGUUUGUGACAUGAUUGAAAUAUUAAGCGGAAAAUGAAUUACAUAACUUAAGCAUUACUGAACGAAGAAAUAUUUUGACAAGUACAGUAGAAAAGAUAAUUGAGUUGAAGUGAAGGACUACCUUGGCACAUAGCAGGUGUUUGAGGUCUUUUCAAUUGUAUAACCUGUUAACCUGCACUGGCGUGCUGACGCACCGAAGCUUCUUUGUUUAAAUUAGCUCAAAUUUACUGUUAGAUUUAAUGUAAUUACCUUGACAAACUAUACAUCAUUAAAAAGAUCUAAGACUCGAGCUUCAAUUUUUAAUCUUUAU